AUGUCUGGACACUAUUGUUUAGAACAACUAAGAGGUCUCGGCAGGGCACGAGAAGAGCCAUCGCAGGACACGGCACCCUUGCUCACGCUAGACGAGCAGGAGUGCGAAGAUCAUUUCAGGACCACGCAUUCAAGUGACUCCGCAGGAAGAUACAUCGUGCGAUUGCCGCUCAAACUUCAUCCAAGAGCACUCGGCAAUUCGUAUCAGACGGCGCAUAACUGUCUUCAGCGGAUUCUCAGACGACUCAGCAAGGACGCUCUGUACAAACAGCUGUACACCAAGUUCAUGCUCGAAUAUGAGCAGCUUGGUCACAUGCAUCAUGGCGUUCUGAAAUUGGGCAGCACGACCACCGCAUUGCGUGUGGUGUUCAACGGCUCCAGUCCAACUUCAUCAGGAUACUCGCUGAACGAUCUUCUACAUACUGGUCCAAAUCUGAUGCUGAAUAUCGCAGAUCUGCUCAUUUGGAUACGCAGAUACAAACAUCUGUUUGCAACUGACGUCACGAAGAUGUACCGACAAAUCAAGGUGCAUCCAGACGACUGGAGCUUGCAGCAGAUACUCUGGCUUGAUGACACGCAGAAGGAAACGUAG